AUGCCUCUUCCUCACCCCCAUCGCAGGGAAACUUUAGGGACUGGUAGUUCAAUGAAGAACAGUGUGGUUCAGUGUAAUGUAGGAAAUUCCAGUCCUGUUUUUCUUUGUUCUUUGUUUCCUAAAAAGGCUGAGAUAUCCCAAUUGCAUUUGGAAUUUCUUAGUUAUUGCGGUCAACAUUUUCAUCCAGACAAUGAGACGUAUCCUUUUGUUAGUCUACUUCAGGAAUCCUAUGGAGAAGAUAUUGCAGAUACAGAGACAGAAAAGUCUGCAAAUGGCAGCGACAAAGAUGAAUAUGAGGUACUUUUGGCAUGCGCAAGUGUUACAAAGCCAAAGAGGAAAAGGAAACAUGCAAAUAAGAAAGUUCUUGAUGCCGUUAAAGAGCAUGAAAGCAAGCAAGAUGAUUUCAAGACUAACAGCUGUGACCAUGAACUAUGUCUGCAAGAUGAGUAUGAAAAGGGUGUAAAGCCAAAGUCAAAUAGGAAUGAACAGGCAGAUAAGAAAAUUCUUGACACUGACGUUCGUAGCCACAAUAAUGCCGUUAAAGAGGAGAAGGCAAGCAAGAUGAGUACAAGCCUGACAGUUUGGAACAUGUUGUGUCUCUGCAAGAGGAACAAAAUCAGAAGGAACAGAGCUUUAUGUGAGUACUGA